CUAAGGCCGUUUAUUUUAUACCUAUAAUAAUGAGCGGACGCCCUAGGACCACAUCGUUCGCCGAGGGCAGCAAAUCCGUUCGAAAGACAUUCGAAACUCAACCUCAGAAACCGUCUCUAGGAGGAGUAAAAAUUAGCAUUUGACUGCCCAAGUCAAGAACAUUUUGAAGAUUUGUAUUGUGGUACCUAGGAAUGUCGCUACACUCGCGUGCAGGCAAGGACGGCUCGAAGGUGACGACAGUGGUGGCGACGCCGGGGCAAGGCCCCGACCGGCCGCAGGAAGUGAGCUAUGCCGACAUGAAGCUCAUCGGUAAUGGCAGUUUCGGCGUCGUCUACCAGGCCAAACUAUGCGACACCGGCGAGCUAAUUGCUAUCAAAAAAGUGCUCCAGGAUAAAAGGUUUAAGAACCGAGAGCUUCAAAUCAUGCGACGACUGGAGCAUUGUAAUAUUGUUAAAUUGAAAUACUUCUUUUACUCCAGUGGAGAAAAGAAAGACGAAGUGUACCUGAAUCUGGUGCUGGAGUAUAUACCCGAGACUGUGUAUAAAGUUGCACGUCAUUACUCCAAAGACGAACAAACCAUACCCAUUAGUUUUAUAAAGCUGUACAUGUACCAGUUAUUCAGAAGCCUUGCAUACAUCCAUUCACUGGGCAUCUGUCAUCGGGACAUCAAGCCUCAGAACCUGCUAUUGGAUCCCAAAACCGGGGUCCUUAAAUUGUGCGACUUCGGCUCGGCAAAGCACCUUGUGCGUGGCGAACCUAAUGUCUCUUACAUCUGCUCGCGAUACUACCGCGCUCCUGAACUCAUCUUUGGCGCCAUAGACUAUACCACUAAAAUAGACGUAUGGAGCGCAGGUUGCGUUGUAGCCGAAUUAUUGCUGGGCCAGCCAAUUUUCCCGGGAGACUCUGGGGUCGAUCAACUUGUUGAGAUCAUUAAGGUCCUAGGCACACCAACACGUGAACAAAUUCGAGAGAUGAAUCCAAACUAUACAGAAUUUAAAUUCCCACAAAUCAAGAGUCACCCAUGGGUGAAGGUAUUCCGCGCGUGCACGCCCCCUGACGCAAUCUCGCUGGUGUCGCGGCUGCUGGAAUACACGCCGGGAGCGCGCCUGUCGCCGCUGCAGGCGUGCGCGCACAACUUCUUCGACGAGCUGCGCGAGCCUACGGCGCGGCUACCCAACGGACGCCCGCUACCGCCGCUGUUCAACUUCACCGAGUACGAGCUGAGCAUCCAGCCGUCGCUCAACGACUUCUUGAAGCCGCGCGCGGUGGCCGCGCCCGCCGCCGACGCCCCCGGCGCGUCCGCCGCGCCGCUGCCCGACGCGCUCGACGCCCAGGGCGAGACCGCCGCGGCGAGUGGAGCGAGCGGCGGGUCGCCGGGCGCGUCGUAGAGGCGGCGCGCAGCCGAAGCCGCCCGCUCCGCGCCCUCGCCGCCCGCGCCCCCGCGCCCGCCGCCCGCGACCGACGACUCGAGGCCCGAUGCUAUCGCCGAUACGCCAAAGCACUCUUAUUAUGCCGCAUCUGACCGACUCUCCUCGCCCGUUGCAUUUACGGCCCGGCACCGCCCCGCCCGUCUGGCGGCGGCGCUCCGGUCGCGGGCCCCUCCUGCGAUGCACUCCGUCGAAACUAGAGAGUCAUUCGUGUGCUAAUUUAGUGAUAGUCCUUUUCGUGUUGGCCAUCGGGAAAUUUAAAUGCAUAAUAGGUGUUUUCGGCGAAUAAUCGUGUGAUACAGUAGUGUAAUUGUCGAUAAAGCUUGAGCUGUCGUAGUCGGUAAGAAGGGUAAAUCCACUGUAGAUUCUAAACCGUCGCAAUGUGAUUACUUUGUACUUUUGUAAGCUCAAAUUGUCUUUUUAUGUACAUACCUUAAACACUGAGUUUUAAUGAUGUUUAUUCGGCAAACGACAGAUUUAUCGUCUGGUUAAAUUAUUUUGUUUUAUGUUCACUUGUAAUAAUUUUCUCUUUUCCAAAGCAAUCUUGGAAGUAAUUUUCCCUGUACACAUUUAUACCCUACUUUAGCUCUAUCCAUGUAGACGGGAUGAGAUAGUCACAAGUUUGUUUCAAUCGUGUCACCUAUUUGAGAGAUUGCCGCGUGAAUAUUUAGUAAGAUGCGUAAAAAUCGCUUGGGCCGUGUAAUCAGUAGGAAAGACAUAUUCUGUAGUGCAUUAGUGUAUGUAUUUAUUGUUGAAACGUAUCACUAACUCAUGAAACUUACGAAUUGUAUGCCUAGUGUUAUUUCAACGAGAUACUUAGCAAAUGGAACUUUGGUUGCAUACAUAGAAGCAUACUUGUAAAUUUUUAUAACUAGCAUAAACUGAUCUCUCAGGAUAAUUUAUAAUAUUUAAUAUCUCAGUAUAUUAUGUAUAUGUAUAAACAAUACAGAGAAUAUAAAUUUUUAGAUUAACUGCAUUAUUAGAUAUUCGUUUUGUCGGGCAACUUCUACGUUAAAACCGUUUUUUAUUGCGGUGUACCUUGUCUUAUCCAGUGCUGCAAACGUACUGUAUUUAAUAAAUAGCACUGUCGGUGUCCUAAUGUAACGACAUAGUUUUUCGAUAAUAAUUGUAUUCUAUAUUCAAUAAAUGAUAUUUCUAUGAUAUAAAAUUUGUCAUUGAGAACACUAUGGUUAUUAGUAGUCUUUUAUGAAACAAUGUUAAAAUAAUGCUAUAAAUUUCAUUGUCAUAGUUUUAAGUAUUCAAGUAAUUUCAUUUUGCACCUCGAUUUGGCAUACAGUUACAAAUUAGGCGAAGGUAUUAAAACCUUAAGUAUAGACUAACAAAUCUUUUAUUCAUGGUGUAGAUGUAGCCUAUACGCGUAAAUUCGGUGUAGUGUCGCAGGAGCCGCAGCGCCCGCCUAGCAAGAGGCGAACGGCAGCUGAACAUUGUUGAGAUACCAUUAGCACAACCGUUUAUUCCUAUUUGGACCAAAUUAUAUUGUUCACACAUAUCCAGUUUCGCAGAAAUGCGAAUCUAGGCGGCGGCGAGCCGCGUGUGUGCCGCACACGGGGAGAAGUGCUUGCUCCUCCGUAGUUCGUUAUAUCACCGUAACAAUCGAAUCGAAACAUUGUUCGGGUAAUCUUGCAUGCUUAGCAGUUUCGAUUCUUCAUUAGGAAAAUAACUUUAUAGCCUGCCACCACAUUGACUUCGUAUUAACUCUGCUACAUAAUGUAUCUUAUUACGUAUAAAUUAUUGUAUCUUUUAAGUACCUAAAGCGCUCGGCGCUUCGAUUUUAAAUCACAUAGUUAGUUGUCGUCGUUAAGGCUAUUUGGUUUGCUGACACACCUUUAUAAUUCGUGUAAAUAUAAUUAUCUUUACGGUAUGACUCUUGAGUAACGUUUGUCGGUUAAUGCGCACUUACGGUCCCCGCGGUCACGAACGGUCUUCGCUCGGCUGGCGGGACAUCCGGCACCGCUUGUCCGCCUAUUGACGUGCAGCGUUCUCGCCCCAGCAUCUGACUGUUGCGGAUGCCGUAAGGAAUAUGGUAGUUUAGAUACGCAUAUUUUUAUUAAGUCUAUCUUAUAUGAAUUUUGUAAUCGACGUUGCUUC